AUGCAGGAACAAUUCGCUCCAUUGAAGAAUGACCUUUUGCUAAGGGCUGCAAGAGGCGAGAAAGUCGAGCGUCCUCCGAUAUGGGUUAUGCGUCAAGCCGGACGCUAUCUCCCCGAAUACCACGAAGCUAAAGGAGGUCGCGACUUUUUUGAAUGCUGCCGCAGCCCGGAAAUCGCCUCCACGCUGACUAUUCAGCCCGUGGAACGGUAUGCAGGGCUUAUCGAUGCCGCUAUCAUCUUCUCCGAUAUUCUAGUCAUUCCCCAGGCUAUGGGAAUGCAGGUUGAGAUGGUUGACAAGAAGGGUCCCCACUUCCCCGAACCGCUGAAGUCGCCGGACGACGGACAGUACGAGAAAGUGAUGCAAAAGCAGGUCGAUGUUAAGGAGGAACUUGACUAUGUUUACAAGGCCAUCCGGCUCACCCGGCACAAGUUGCAGGGCCGUGUCCCGCUUAUUGGUUUUUGCGGUGCCCCAUGGACCCUCCUGUGCUACAUGGUUGAAGGCGGUGGAAGCAAGAUGUUUGUUCAAUCGAAAACGUGGGUCUACAAGUACCCGAAGGAAUCCCAGGCAUUGCUGCAGAAGAUCGCAGAGAUCUGUGUGGAAUACCUUGCUCUCCAGGUUGCCGCAGGCGCCCAGUUGGUUCAGGUCUUUGACUCAUGGGCCGGUGAACUUUCUCCGGCCUCGUUCAAGUCAUUCUCGCUCCCGUAUCUGCGCCAUAUUUCAGCCAAUCUACCCAAGCGGCUAAAGGAAAUGGGACUGGAACCGGUACCCAUGACUGUUUUCGCCAAGGGCGCAUGGUAUGCACUUGAUGACCUUUGCGAAUCCGGCUAUAACGUUGUUGGGCUUGACUGGCUACAUGAUCCGGCGGAAGCUAGGCGAAUUGCGAAUGGUCGAGUCACCAUCCAGGGUAAUGCUGAUCCCGGUAUGCUCUACGGUGGCCGUGCCGCCAUCACAGAAACAGUCGAGACCAUGGUUAAAGGUUUCGAGAAGGGCAAGCAGGGAUGGAUUGCGAACUUGGGCCAUGGUGUUACUCCAUUUGUCAAGCCUGAUGAUCUCAAAUUCUUUUUUGAGGAGAUUCACAGACUAACGGCAUAA